AACACUUCUUUUGUUCUCUUUGGGCAAGGAAUAUUGUUCCUUCUGCUUUUCUCUUUGUUCCCUGCCUUUUGAAUUCCUUCCGUUGAAAAACCUGAUCGAUGCAAUGAAGCCGCUCUGCCUUUCCACCUCCCUGUGUUCAUGUGUCUCCACGCACUCGCACACGCGAUCUGAGCGUCCGAUCUACGCCAAUGGAACAGAACAAAAGCUCCCUAGCUGCACACCUCCAUUCGACUAUACAAACAGAUUACCCCAUACCAUACUGCAGCAACAGCAACUCCGCGGCCGCGCGCCUACAAUACCGCCGCGAGGCUCUCGUACGCUUUUCGCACUAGCCGUGAGCAUCCAGAGCAUCUGCGCACCUCCACCACCACCACCACCACCACCACCACCACCACCAUCAGCAUCGGCGCCGCGUCGCGGAUCGAAGCCGCGCGCCUGCAGGGAUCGCUAUGGACGGGCAGCCGGGCAGCGGUGGCGGAGCGGGGGACGACGACUGCGACGCGGUGGCGAGGGCGUUCGUGGAGUACUACUACCGCACGUUCGACGCCAACCGCGGCGCGCUCGCGGCGCUCUACGGCCCCCACACCUCCGUGCUCUCCUUCGAGGGCCACGCCGUCGCGGGCGCCGAGGAGAUCGGCCGGAAGCUGGCGCAGCUGCCCUUCGACCAGUGCCGCCACUCUGUCUCCACCGUCGACUGCCAGCCCUCGCCGUCGUUGCCGGGCAGCAUCCUCGUCUUCGUCAGCGGCAACCUCCAGCUCGCCGGCGAGGACCACCAGCUCAGGUUCAGCCAGAUGUUUCAGCUGGUGCCCAACGAGCAGGGGAGCUUCUUCGUGCAGAACGACAUAUUCCGGCUCAACUACGGGUGACGCGCGCGGUCGCGUGCGCUUGCCGAAAGGAAGCGGAUGCUCGUUCGUCGGGGGGUGCUGUCGUGCCGCAUGGACGCCGGGCGCGUGAUCCUCUGUUUUUAUUUUUCUUGUUUCGCUUUCAGUCUUGCCGUGUGGUCGUGUAGGAUGUAGCAACACCAAACGUUUCCUUCCACAAAGCGUAGCGUCCUAAAUAAAUUAAAGUCAGGUCAUGCAUGUAUGCGCGCCGUCAAAUUCGACCUGCCGCCAUCAAUGCUCGCGCUCCAAGCGAAUUUUGUCGCGUCAAAGCUCCUCAUGCUAUCACUGGUAGUGAAAAAUGUGAAAUGAGAUUAUCGCAAAAAAAGAAAAGAAAAGAAGGUGAAAUCUA